AACCCAAUUUGCCGCCGAGAAAAGAAAAAAAAAAAAAAAAACAGAAAUACCUUCAUAGCAACUGUUGUUGAAUAUUACCAAUGUGACACAUCGCGCUUUUAUUAAGUGUUUUGUGUCGUAUUGUUUAAUGCAAACCAGUAUGGAUUUAGAGCAGGAGGAAACCAUCGCGACGGACGACGACAGCGGUGAAGCCGACCACAGCUUUUACCUCAGCAGGUUAAUGUUGACAGAACAUCAGUUCUCAACCCCCACUGUCGUCUCUCAUCGUGUCCUAAUUAAUGAAGAGAUUUCACCUCAGAUUGACCUGCAAUAUCGUACAGGACAGAGCAGAAAGACAUUCAUAACAAAACAGGAAACACAUGGCACAGUGGUUCCACCAAUAAAUCCUGCAAGUGUUCAAGCUCGAAUUAUUGAGGAAGAAAGUUCUUCAGAAAGGAACACAGUGAAGUGUUGAGACCCAUUCCCAUACAUGGCACCAACUCAUUAGAUGCUUCUCACCAGCAGCCUGGGCCGACUUUGAGACGUUCAUUGAGAAGAAAUGGAAAAACAUUGGGGGAAAAAACUGAUCCAUUGGCCACAAUGAAGAACACUGAACUAAUGAAUACUCAACACAGGUCACUGCCUUCUAAAAGGAAGGAGAGUCCAGACACCAAAGAGUACAAUAAAGCAUUCAAUACACCUUUGCCUACACAUGAUAAACCAACAUUAACCGCUAAGCCUUACGUUAGUCCAGGUUUCAGUGGCCAAGGCAUUACAGAACGAAAAUCAGGGAAAGUCCUAUCACUCAAGUCCAUCCACAGACGGAAUCAUUUUGGAGAGACAAAGCUGCAUUUAGCUGUGAUGAAGGGAGACAUUCAAGACGUCAAAGAGUUGAUCACAGUGGGUGCUUCUGUUAAUAUACCGGAUUAUGCAGGUUGGACUCCACUCCAUGAGGCAGUGCAGAGAAACAAGUUUGACAUGACAGAAAGUUUACUUGAAGCUGGAGCCGAAGUAAACUGCAGAGGAGAUUAUGGAAUUACACCUUUACAUGAUGCCAUUCAGAGUCAGUAUUACAAGAUUGUAGAUCUACUUCUGAAGUAUGGUGCUGAUCCAUUAUCAAAGAGUGACAGAGGGAUGACUCCUAUGGACAUGACCACAGAGAGAUCUAUGUACAUACUGGUGGAGAAAUAUCUGCAAAAGACUAAAAGUGAUCCAGAUAAUACACCCAGCACCACUGAUUCUGCAGUUAAUCCAAGUAUGAGCCAAAGAAACAGCCAGAACUCCAUCAAAGACACAAGAGCUCCUCUUCAGAAAUCAACAGGAACUGCUGAUACGAGUGAGCAUGAAAGGAGCCCGCAGUCUGGUGAAGCUGAACCCAUUCCUGGUCCAAGCAGUGGACAACCAAGCUGUGAUCCUUCCAUUCAGGCCUCCCUCCAAGGGGAGGCUGGUGAAACUCUGAUGAAUGAUGGCAGUUCAGUAGCUGAGAAGACAAACUCACAUUCUUUCCAUGACCAUAGCUAUGCAAUUACUGAUAAGACAGAGUCAAUUCACAGCGCAAGUGAAGAUUCAUGUAAAGUUGCCUCAGCAAGAAAGAGGAUAUUGGAGGGCUGUCAACACAAUUAUGGGGCUGAUAAUGACUCAGCUAUGGCUAAGAAAAGGGUCAAAAGAACAAAACAUGACAUUCAAAAUGAAAAAGAGUUUUUGGAAUACUUGCUCAAUUUUGAUACAAACCAUGUUUUUGCUGAUUCUGAGAGCAAAAAAGAAGUAGAUGGCCCCUCAUUUCAACAGAAUAAAGAUGCAAGAAAAGAACAACUGUCAGCUCUUGAUGUUUACCAGAAGGUUCCAUCUGAAACUGUAUGCUGUUCUGACACCAACAACAACAGCAGUCAAGAAAGCAGCAAUUCUUCACUGUCCCCUCAUUUAAAUGAACUAAUUGACUCAUGUUUACAAGAGACAUUCAAGGGAGACGUUAAUGUACAUCCAUUUGGAGCAAUGGCUAAAUCACAAUUACAGAAGGAGGAACUGAUUGAUUCAGGCAGCCCUGGUUCUCUGUCUUUGCUUAUGGCCAUAAUCCAUAAUCAAGGACUAACCUGCAGUCCAGAGGAUUCAGAGAAAGAUGAACCAUUAGAGGAAUUAGACACAGCCAACAAACAACUGCCAGAUACUAAAACAUCAGAAGACCCUCUUAUGGCCCAGUCAUUGUAUUGUGAGCUCCAACAACUGCAGGGAACUUUGCCAUCAACCAGCCCUGCCACUGAGUCUCUCCAUGUGGAUAGUAUCACUGGCUGUUCAGAAACCUGUAUAAAAACACCACAUAAUGACUCGACACAAAUCAGCAUUCAAGAACUGCAAUCUCCCAAAACACUGCCCCUAAAGAAGCUUCUAAAUCAGGAUGAAGAAACAGACAUGAUCACCAUUCAAAACCAGCAGGAGGUGGUAGAGAUAAUAGAGACAGCACUGAGCACUAAUCAGACAAAAAUUGAUCAGAGCUACACUGAAGAUGAUGGCAUGGAAUGUGAAAAGCUGGAAUGUGACACAUUGAUUUUAAAUGCGACAGAUCUCAUUGGUGAACCUGAAGCAGAACCACAUUGUUCUUGCAGGGGGGUAGUUAAUGAGCCAGUGAGUGACAUUCUCAAAGACCAUGCCAGUACAAGUUCUGUUUCACCCACUUUUUUCUGUGCCAGAGUAGAUGUUGAACAGCUUGAAAAUUCUCACAUGGCUGAUUGCAUUGUUGUCGAGAAUCAUAUAAUUAAAGAUUCAGCAGAUUCUGACUGCACUGUUGUGGAAUGGUCCAGUGCUGCUGACAUUCAGGAUGUGGCCAUCACAUCAAUUCAGCAUGAACUCUUUGGUUCUGAAGAAAGGCAUAGUGAAAAGGAAGCAGAGAACACAGAGGGUACACCUGACACAGUGAUUUCAGAGAGUGUUUUGUGGCCUUUUUUACCUGAGAAUUUGUGUACACAACCUUCACUGGAUAACAAUGAAGACACUGCACAUUUAAAACAUGAUCCACAAAUAGCUCUGGAAAGCAAAAGGUUCGUAAACACAGGUGAACUGAAAAGUCAGAAAAAGAAAUCGAAACGGAAGAAAAGGCCACUUAGACAAGGACGCAGAAGUGUCGCAGAUGGAUUGAAUACAGGAUCAAAGAAAUUUUUGAAAAUUACUCAGAAAAAUCUUCACAAGAGAAAUAGUGUAGGCGAGACUCGGCUUCACCGGGCAUGCAUCAGAGAAGACCUGCACAUGGUCAAAGUCUUGAUAGAAGCUGGAAGCAAUGUUAAUGUAUCAGAUCAUGCAGGAUGGACCGCCCUUCAUGAGGCCUGUUCCAGAGGUUUUGUAGAUGUGGCAGAGCAGCUCUUGGAAGCAGGGGCCGAUGUCACCAGCAGAGGGCUAAAUGGAUGUAACCCGCUGCAUGAUGCUGUUGCAUCGGGCUCAUAUGAGAUUGUAAGGCUUCUCCUUCAGUUUGGCUCAAGCCCUCAUGACAAGAAUAUCCUGGGACAGAGUGCGGUAGACCUCGCAGCACAUGAAAGCAUCAAAGAGCUGCUUUUGACAUUUAAAGGACCUUUUCAUAAACCUGCCCGGCCAACUGACACUUCCAAACAGGAAUCUCAGCUUUUGGCUGCAGAGCACAUGCAGCCAGAUCAGUGUUUUCAGUCAGCAGGAACAUGGAUCGAUUUUAGUGGCAAUAGCCAAUUGAACUGCCUUGUUAGAGAUGGAAUCAUUCAGCACGGGGAUGAUAAUUUAGAAAUGACACUUAAGGGUUGUAGCUAUGAGGCCUCUCUUCUGGAAAAUGGAUCUAUCAGUGAUGCCAGUGGCAGAGACUUCCUCCUUCCAGAACAAUGUUUAGAAUCAGUCCUGGAGAGUCAGUCCUCAGGUCCUGUCACCUCUGAUUUUGCCUUUAAAAAGGUUAUGUAUCAAUCCAAGUCAAGUUGUUUAAAUACGGAGAAAACACCUCUGGGAUCAGUACAUCCCCAUUGCUGCACAUUCAACAACAGUCCAUCAAAACCUGCUAUAAAAGAGCCGUCCAAAAACGACGUUUUCAUGAACAUCAGAUCAAUUCGCUUGGUCAGCGAUGAGGAGUUUUUUCCAAGCCAUGUGAUGAACAGAUACUGGGAUUUCUUCGCCCAGAGUGAGGAGUGGACCUUUGAAACUUAAGAAAGGUGCUCGUGUAGCGCAAAAGUGCCUGUUAGAGCGUCAAUGAAAGCACCGUUUCAGUGUUAAAACCUUUAAUGUUAGAACUUUAUAAAGUGGAAGAGUGUUAUAUUCUCAGUGUUGGUUUGAAAGUACGAUAUUUGAAACGUUUUUGUACAACUAAGUUUCUUUUGCAAGAUGAUGGUCUUGAUAUUAAAAUGUAGGCUAAAUCAA